AUGUCUCGUCAGACUGCUCAAGGGAGUCAAGCUGCACGCGAUCACGUCGAAAGAAUCCUCUCAGAGCUUCACGAACGCAAUAUUGAGCGCGAGCUAGACAUCAUCCAGUACUCAAAUGUGGCCCCGCACGAGAUCGACGAUGAGUCAACUGACACGCCACUGAUGGAUCCUUUUAGGGAACUAGGAGGCUCAAGUGCUAUCAAGGAUAUGACCAAUUUCUCGCUACAAGAAUUCAACACACUUUGGCUCUCUCUCCGUGAACAUGUCCUCGCUAACUACAACGUUGGGCGAGGAAAGCGAUCCGACGUCAAGCUGAAGGAUGCAUUCUUCAUGACGCUCGUGAUGCUUAAGGAGGAUAGAACUUGGGACAGCAACGACAAGCGGUUCAAACUGACAACAACAACUUUCACUGACGUCGUCACUAAGUUCAUCAAGAUGUUGUCUCCGAGGUGGGUCAUACGUUCCAACAAAGCUGGCGACCUGGUGGCAGUAUUGCCGAAAAUGGCAAGUUCUACAGCGGCAAGCAUGGGCUCACGCGCCUGGGGCUACGCACGACAUCACAAUUUCAAGGGCAACAAGGAAUUCCACAAUGUUAAAAUGAAAAAGCUUCCAGGCGACGAGAUGCUACCAGACGACUGCCCUCUUGCUGAGUUUUUUUUUCCUGCUGAGUGGGCUAUUCUAGCCGACACAGGAUACCAAGGAAUUAGCUCCUUCCUGCGCGGCAUCCUUCCCAAAAAGGGCCGAAACAUCAGUCGCGCGGAUCUGUCCCACAACGAUAAAGUUGCUCAUGACCGUGUGAUCGUCGAAAACUUCUUUGGGCGGCUCAACCAACUCUGGAGAAUCACGUCCGACAAGUUACGCCUUGGACGAGACCUGUACGAUGACAAAUUUCGUCUGUGCCUCGGUCUUACAAAUGUCCACGUCUCCCACUGCCCUCUUCGACAGGAUAAUGGAGAUUGGUACAGUCGAUCUCAAAACAAGCUGAUUCAGCUUGGUCAACUGCUUAAACAAAAACGUCGACUAGCUCAAGAGAAAUACAGAGCGAAGAAAAGACGUCUUUUGUCCAGUACGCUUGCAGAUUUGGGCGGGGAAGCAGACGCAAGCGAAGACGCCAUGACUCAGCUACCAAGCCAAAGAGUACUGAGUGAGGGUUAG